GUUGGUACUCAGGUCCCAAGUUCUGCCCAAWAUUGAAAAGCAACAAGAGACUCAAGAUAAAGAGGCUUCUGAAAAAUUUGGCUCUSUCGAUGAUUGGUGUGAUGAUGCAGAAGACUGGGGAGACAAUGAAGAGAGAUUUGAACCUGCAAUGGAAGACCUAGAAUCUCAAACYAGUAAACUCACCCUAAAUCCAUACAAUGACAAUGCUGAAAAACAACCGCAAGUGAUUUCAAAGAWCCCCAUUCCCCCACAAUACACUUCACCUUGCUUUAYUYCAUACUAUAUCAAUGUCUUUGAAGAUGAAACCAGCCACAAAMAAUCCUCAAAAAUACACUUAACUGCACAUGAAAAGAACUUGAUUCAAGAAUAUCAACAGAAAGAGGGUAAAGAAUUAAAAGAUAUUAUUUCAACAAGURCAAGUACAAAGGGACAGAGUUCAGAGAGCUAUGAAAGGACAAAUGUUUCUCAUGGUGACUAUGGAUUUCAUAAAUUCCUAAAAUGUGUGCAAUCAUGYCCUCAACAAUGCAUAAGAUAUCAUUGGAAGGGUAUGCCAUUGUUAAURUCCAAUACAAAWCCACUGGACGUCAUGUCAGCUGUYCCKCSCUGUCAAUACUGUGGAGRAGAUAGAGUWUAUGAAKUACAACUUAUGCCAGCAUUGGUACCAUURCUUAAAAGUAGAGAACACAACCUMRAGUCUCCWAGCAACCUUACAARGRAAGUAAAUAGAAAUGCCUUAUUUGGUAGCAAUGAUACAAGCAGUCCUURUUUGGGUAAAAAUUGUGGUUCCUCAUUGGUUGACAAAAGCAAUGAUGGUAGUGACAAUACGAGAUCAACUCCWAAUAUGGACUCAACUGACCAAUUCUCAUUGGCUGCUGACAACAAUAGWGRAACAAAGGACACAGAUACCCAAUCCUCAUUGGUUCACAAAGAAAAAGAAGACCAUAUAUGGGAAAAGGAUUCUACCAAUGRGCAAGGAACAGUGAUUUCUGAGAGUCCAAGUGAAGGGUUAAUGGAUGUCACACAGUUUAAACAUAAUGUUUAUAACAGUSAGAAAGCUAGAAUAGAGUUUGGGACUGUAAUUGUAUUCUCAUGURRUCAAAGCUGCUGGRAAAGUGAGGRAARUUCAUUGAGGCAGGAGUUUGUUAUGGUUCAAGCUGAUCCUGAUGAAGRUCUUUUUAACAAGAAACUKGGAGSUUAUUGACAACUGAUUAUUUUUGGGCAUGUAUCCAGGGGGGUGCGUGCCACUCCUU